AUGGUCGCUAUCCAGAACCUUGGCCUGGCGGCUCUCGUGUGGCUCGGCCUCGCUAGCCAGGGACUUGCCAUGGGCAACUAUGAGGGGGGGCUUUAUGCCCGCGCACGCAACAAUCCAGGCUAUCAACCUGAUGCUCCCGUCCGUGGCGGUGGCCACACUAGGCCACGAAGCAUUGAUGACUAUGAGUACGAGCUCUUUACUCGCGCACGCAAUAGUCCCGGUUAUCAACCUGCUGCUCCCGUCCGUAGCGGUGAUCACAGUGGACCACGAAGCAUUAGCGAGGGUGGGCUUUACACCCGCGCACGCAACAGUCCCGGCUAUCAACCUGAUGCUCCCGUCCGUGGCGGUGGCCACACCAGGCCACGAAGCAUUGGUGACUAUGAGUACGAGCUCUUCACCCGCGCACGCAACAGUCCUGGUUACCACCCUGAAAACCCCGUCCACAACCACCCUGGCCAGCGCAAGACUCGCGACCUGGAGGAGCUGGAGGAGUAA